GGAGGCUAAAGAAGGCAGUUUUCAAAAAUAUACAACUUUGAUUUGCACCUUCCGUUUGGUUUUAAUUGACAUGUAAAGUGUUAGGCUGCUAUGGAGGUUUUUGAUUAACCCUCCGGGGUUAUGGAUGUAUAGCAAUUAUAUCCACGAACCCCGACCAAGUCAGGCAGAGGUGUUAAAGGAUUUUCUUCAAAUGCCACAGCUAUUAAGGAGGAAGAGAAGGCUUGGGGCAUCCAUUGCAGUACUUUGCCUGACGUUCUGGAAUUGCACAGCUCCAGUCGGUGUGCCGAACUGCGCAGCCGCCUCGGGGUGUGGGGGGGACGCCGGGGAAGAAGACCCUGGGAGCCCGCACCCCACGACCGUCGGCCUCCGGGUCCCGCCCCGGAUCUCUGAGCCACGCCCCCACCCUCCGCCCCGGCCUCCAAGCCCCGCCUCCGGGCCCAGGAUGCACCUGGACGAAAACAAAAUCCCACGUGACUGGCCCUGCGCUCAGACCAUCAUGGCGUCUCCCAGUGGGAAGGGAUCCUGGACGCCCGAGGCUCCUGGCUUCGGGCCGCGCGCGCUAGCUCGAGACCUGGUGGACUCGGUGGACGACGCCGAGGGGCUGUACGUGGCGGUCGAGCGGUGUCCGCUGUGCAACACCACUCGCCGGCGGCUGACUUGUGCCAAGUGCAUCCAGAGCGGUGAUUUCGUCUAUUUCGACGGCCGCGACAAGGAGAGUUCAGCGUCACAUCCUGCUCCUCCUGCAAGGCUCUCACUUCCAUCAUCUCAUUUGCCAUCACAUCACUUGUGUAUUUUGUGGUUUAUUGACAAGAAGGAAAGGCUGAACCAGCUUAAGAGCAAGCAAGAGGAGUUUCAGAAGGAAGUACUAAAAGCUAUGGAAGGAAAACAGCUAACAGAUCAGUUGAGAUGGAAAAUAAUGGCAUGCAAGAUGAGGAUUGAGCAGCUGAAACAAACAAUAUGUAAAGGAAAUGAAGAAACGAGGAAAAAGUCUGAAGGCCUUCUCAAAAACAAGGAGAAGAACCAGAAGCUUUACAGCCGAGCCCAGCGGCACCAAGAGAAAAAGGAGAAGAUUCAGCGGCACAACCGCAAGCUUGGGGACCUGGUGGAGAAGAAAACCAUUGACUUGAAGAGUCACUACGAGCGGCUGGCGUGUUUGCGAAGGUCCCGCAUCCUAGAGCUCACCUCCGUCAUCUUCCCAAUGGACGAAGUGAAGACUUCUGUGAGAGAUCCUGCAGACGUGUCUUCAGAGAGUGACAGCGCCAUGACAUCUAGCAUGGUGAGCAAACUUGCUGAGGCCCGGAGGACAACCUACCUCUCUGGAAGAUGGGUCUGUGAUGACCACAACGGUGACACCAGCAUUAGCAUUACAGGCCCUUGGAUUAGCCUCCCAAACAACGGGGACUACUCUGCCUACUACAAUUGGGUAGAAGAGAAGAAAACAACCCAAGGGCCUGACAUGGAGCACAACAACCCUGCCUACACUAUCAGUGCCGCGCUGUGCUACGCAACUCAGCUCGUCAACAUUGUGUCUCACAUACUUGAUAUCAAUCUUCCCAAAAAGCUGUGCAACAGUGAGUUCUGUGGAGAAAACCUCAGCAAGCAGAAACUGACGCGGGCGGUGAGGAAACUGAACACAAACAUCCUUUACCUUUGUUCCUCGCAGCAUGUGAAUUUAGAUCAGCUACAACCACUGCAUACACUCAGAAACCUAAUGCACCUGGUCAGCCCACACUCGGAGCACCUAGGCAGGUCAGGACCCUUUGAAGUGCGGGCAGACCUUGAGGAAUCCAUGGAAUUUGUGGACCCUGGAGUUGCCGGAGAAUCAGACGUGAGUGGAGACGAGCAUGUAAGCGAUGAGGAGACUGACCUGGGCACAGACUGGGAGAACCUGCCGAGCCCCCGAUUCUGUGACAUCCCUUCCCAGCCAGUGGAAGUUUCCCAGAGCCAGAGUACCCAGGCCUCCCCACCCAUUGCCAGCAGCAGUGCGGGUGGGAUGAUCUCCUCGGCUGCAGCCUCGGUGACCUCCUGGUUUAAAGCUUAUACUGGACACCGCUAAUGAGCGUCCACCAGAACACGCAAGAUCUUUUCCACUGCACUCUAAUAACCUUGUGUGUGUAGUCACCAGAGGGCUAACUAGUGUGAGGACAAGCACUUGUGCCUCUCAGGUGGCCUGUGAUGGGGACCAUGCUCAGGGCCUCCUCGGCCCCGGUCCUAGACCUUAGACCCCACAGCAUGCUGCUGGGAUGCCUAGACUCUUCCUGAUGUAAGUUCUAGACUCUGUCAGGUCACAAGGAAGUGUUUCUUGGUAGUGAGGGAUGAAAGACAAAAGCCGAGUUUGUUUUUCUGUCAUCUGCCGCAGCUUUGGUCUUCCGGGGGAGGCUGGAAUCAGGUGGUGGUGGCACCUGGAGGGCAGGUGGGGACUCUGCUCUCGCUGUCGUCAUGUAUCACAUUCCUGAUUCUCUGCCACACCAAAGAAACCACAGCCUUUCUUCCACGAGUGGGGAGUCAUAGCUGCCACAUUUAGAGAUGUCGGGACAGUUUUCUUGUGCUCUUGUUUAAGUCAUUGACGAUGUCUGUGCUACACGCAUUUAAAGUGGACUUUUCAGAACUAUCCCCGUAUGAGCUAAAUGCUGCCCGGGCAGCUUGAACACUGAUUAAGUGUUCGUUUUCUUGCUGCAAUUUCUUGGAGGGGGGGGCUAGCCAGUAGCAGGUGUUCUGGGGAACCCCCUGCUUGUCGUUGGGGUCUCCGUGGCUCCAGAGGCUGCACUUGGCAGAGCACGUGCAGCUGUCCCAGGAAGUGCUAGAGGAAUUUCCUCCAAGAGACCAUUUUAAUGACAAUCUUACAGAAAGUUAUAACGAGAGGCAUUAUAGUAAAACUUGGGAAUAGCCCUUUUUUAUUUUUAAUAACUUCAAAAAAGAAGUUCUAUGUAACAGACCACAGAAACCUUUUGGAAACCGCCCCUCCCCUGCGGCAGUGCCAUACCUUCCCAACUGAACUGGUGUGGUGACACCUCAGGCAAGUCCUUCAGCAGUUUGCCGCGCCCUGGCUUCUGUUCAUGUCGUCCUUAUGGUUGUUACUCUGCAGACUGAGGUGCUAGUGAGCAUUUGCUGUUGUAGACCUGUAGGAAGCAAGGAGCCCCAUGGUCCCGCUCUAGAUACUCCCUGGCGAGGAGACCGCUUCCCUCCUGCAGGCGUCACUGACUGACGUCUGUUCCAUGCUUGGCUCCAUCACUGUUGGAAUCUGUAGGCUGAGUCUGGAAUGAGCAGAUACCAACUGGGAAAGGACCCGUGAGCUUGAGCCGCACAGAGUACAGACGUCACAGACUCGUGCCCACAGCAGCUAGAACAGAUGCGGGAGUGAGGCCUGAUGGGUAUUUGGUCUUAGUGUAAAGUAGAGGCACUUCUGUCACUUUAUGUCACCGUCGAUGACCGCCUAGGCUGCUGAAAUACUCGAGGCUCAUGAUUUUGCACUGGAUCCACCUGUUGUAAAUAUUAAAUACACAUUUCAACCACUGUUGUCCCCCCUCCCCCCCCCCCCCCCCCGCCCCGUACUCUUUGCUGCUCAUUGAAACCUUUGAUGCAGGUGCCAGGACCAUCUGUAUGUAACAGCUUUCAGAAACAAUGGAGCUGGUAUUUUUGUAAACCAAAAGCCAUAGAAGUUGGCCGUGUUUUCCAUUUUAAAAUGAUUUAGUGAAACAAGGUAAACUGCUAGAAACUCAGAGGCACCGCAUAGGCUGCUUUAAUGGUCUUAUAAAAGGCAUUUGAUGUAAGAAAAGAACCAAGAGUGUAACUUAAUGGAGAGACAGGCAGUCCCCGCGGUAUGGUGGACGCCGUGGUGAGGAGUCGGGCGUGCUUUGGGGAAGGGUUGCAGUGUUGGAGCCCCCUCUCUGCACCUGAGACUUCCGCGUCAGGGUGAGCCACACAGACGUUUUCUAAGCUUUUAUUGUAUUCCUGCAAUAAAUCCUUUAACAUUA